GUUGCACUUUCUUCAUUUAAAGCAUGGUUUGUUUCUCUCUAUCACAGCACACUGAUAAGAUUGCACAGCUUCUGAUUCUACACUGUUAUCUGAGUUCAGCGUUGACUGCCUCUCCACUGGUCCCUCAGGAUGCCAGCAGCCCUGGCAGAGAACAGCCAGGUUAUCUGUGAAGUAUGGGCCAACAACCUGGAGGAGGAGAUGAGGAAAAUUCGGGAGAUUGUUCUGAGUUACAGCUACAUUGCCAUGGACACGGAGUUUCCUGGGGUGGUUGUCAGACCAAUCGGUGAAUUCCGCAGCUCUGUGGACUAUCAGUAUCAGCUCCUUCGGUGUAACGUUGACCUGCUGAAAAUCAUCCAGCUGGGCCUGACUUUCACAAAUGAGAAAGGAGAAUAUCCUUCUGGCAUCAACACUUGGCAGUUCAACUUCAAAUUCAACCUGACAGAGGACAUGUACUCUCAGGAUUCCAUAGACCUCCUUGCCAGCUCUGGGCUGCAGUUCCAGAAGCAUGAAGAGGAAGGGAUUGAUACCCUGCAUUUUGCUGAGCUGCUGAUGACGUCUGGGGUUGUCCUCAGUGACAGUGUGAAAUGGCUGUCCUUCCACAGUGGUUAUGACUUUGGCUACAUGGUAAAGUUGUUGACAGAUUCCAGGCUACCAGAAGACGAACAUGAUUUUUUCCAAAUCUUGAACCUUUUCUUCCCAUCUAUCUAUGAUGUGAAAUACUUAAUGAAGAGCUGCAAAAACCUCAAGGGUGGCCUUCAGGAAGUAGCAGAUCAGCUGGAUUUGCAGCGAAUUGGACGACAGCACCAGGCAGGAUCAGACUCUCUUCUGACGGGAAUGGCGUUCUUCAGAAUGAAGGAGUUGUUUUUUGAGGAUACAAUUGAUGAUGCAAAGUACUGCGGACGACUGUAUGGCCUUGGCACGGGAGUGGCUCAGAAACAAAACGAAGAUGUGGACUCAGCCCAAGAGAAAAUGAGCAUUUUGUCUAUUAUCAACAACAUCCAGGCAUGAGGAGCUGUGCCCCUCAGCAGAACAUGUUUACCAGAUUGGCAGCUGCUGUCCUCAACCAUUUUCCCUAACUGUGUCUCAAACAAAAGGCUUCUCCAGCACACAAGUUUUGCUGAAGAGCUGCAUCUUCACUUGAAACCCAGAAGAGUUGACUGAAUUCCUAAUGCCAGCAUUUGUGGUUUGCCAUAUUUUUAAUAUAAAGGGCAAAGGACUGAAUCUACUGUGUUAUACCUCUGUUUUUUCUCCUCUUUAUAGUGUACAGAAUCUGCAAGGAAGAUUUAA